AUAUCCUAAAGAAAUGAUAGGAUAAAGACUAAAAAGGCCUCUGUAAUUGUUUUAGUUUAGAUAUACACGACAAAAUCUGCUAAAAAGCUACGCCCUGCUGUCUGUUUUUCCUCUUUUAUUCACGGUGAGAGAAAAAUCGAAAAAAGUAAGAGAGGAAUCACAGAGAUUAGAGCAACAAAAAUAGUAGAGAGGGGGAGUGUGGAAAUUCUCCAUCGCUGCUCUGCUUGGUUUCGUAGCCGAGAUUGGCGUCGAAUGGAUGACGAGGAACUGAGACACUGUAUUCAAUUGGCGACGGAGAUCUUUACCAAUCCGUGAGAUUCAUCGUAAUCCGAAUCUCAGAUCGACUGCUUCUGCAUUGAUUUGUGUUUUUUCUUCUUUUGCUCCGUUUCUCGAAUUCUUUUUUCAAUAAUAAUAAUAAUAAUAAACAAUAAAUGAACGGCGGCGGGGAGGGGGUAUCGGCUUCGGCGGCGCCGCUGGAGUGGAAAUUCUCGCAGGUGUUCGGAGAACGUACGGCCGGCGAAGAAGUUCAGGAAGUUGAUAUCAUAUCUGCUAUUGAAUUUGAUAGAACUGGAGAUCAUCUUGCAACUGGAGAUCGUGGAGGUCGAGUGGUUUUGUUUGAAAGAACUGAUAAUAAAGAACAUGGUGGACAUCGGAGAGAUCUAGAGAGGACAGAUUAUUCGAUCGGUAGGCAUCCUGAGUUCCGUUACAAAACUGAGUUCCAGAGUCAUGAACCUGAGUUUGACUAUCUUAAAAGCCUGGAGAUUGAGGAGAAAAUUAACAAGAUUAGAUGGUGCCAAACAGCUAAUGGUGCUCUGUUUCUUCUCUCAACCAAUGACAAAACAAUCAAAUUUUGGAAGGUCCAAGAGAAGAAGGUUAAGAAAGUUUGUGAUAUGAAUGUGGAUCCUUCAAAAGCUGUGGGAAACGGUCCUGUUGUUGGUUGUACAUCGACGAGCUCCAGACCAUAUCUUGCAAAUGGAGGAUGUAAAGAAAGACCUAUCAGUUAUCUGAGCAAUGAUGUUUCAUUCCCACCCGGGGGUUUCUCAUCCCUGCAUUUGCCUGUGGUAGUGACCAGCCAUGAGACAAGUCUUACGGCUAGAUGUAGAAGAGUAUAUGCCCAUGCUCAUGACUAUCAUAUCAAUUCCAUUUCGAAUAACAGUGAUGGUGAAACUUUUAUAUCAGCUGAUGACCUCCGAAUUAAUCUUUGGAACCUUGAGAUUAGCAAUCAAAGUUUUAAUAUUGUUGAUGUGAAGCCUGCAAAUAUGGAAGAUCUAACUGAGGUGAUAACUUCAGCGGAAUUUCACCCUACUCAAUGUAACAUGUUAGCAUAUAGUAGCUCCAAGGGUUCAAUUCGUCUCAUUGAUAUGCGUCAAUCAGCUUUGUGUGAUACCCAUAGCAAACUAUUUGAGGAACAGGAAGUGGUUGGUUCUAAGUCCUUUUUUACUGAGAUAAUAGCCUCAAUUUCAGAUAUUAAGUUUGCGAAGGAUGGAAGGCAUAUUCUUAGUCGUGAUUACAUGACUCUUAAGCUGUGGGACAUUAAUAUGGAUUCUGGCCCAGUCGCAACUUUUCAGGUUCAUGAAUAUUUAAGACCCAAGCUGUGUGAUCUAUACGAAAAUGAUUCUAUCUUCGAUAAAUUUGAGUGCUGUCUAAGUGGAGAUGGACUCCAUGUGGCAACAGGUUCCUACAGCAAUCUGUUUCGUGUGUUUGGUUGUUCUGAAGGCAGUACAGAAGCAACAACUUUAGAAGCCAGCAAAACCCCCAUGAGGAGACAAGUCCAAAACCCAUCAAGGCCUUCUAGACCUAUGGGCUCCCUUCCUCGUGUUUUAAGGCGAGGUGUGGAUACCUCUGGAGCUGACGCAAAUGGAAAUGCUUUUGAUUUUACGACAAAGUUGCUACAUCUUGCAUGGCAUCCAACUGAUAACUCACUUGCCUGUGCUGCAUCAAACAGCCUUUAUAUGUAUUAUGCGUAAAGAUAGUUUUGGGGAAGUAGCACUUUUGCUGGGCGAAGUUUUUUCGAGUAGGCUUGUAUGCCUUCUUCCCCUACCAUUGUUGUGGAAGCUGCAUCAUCUACCAGAAUCUUUGCUAUCCAUAAGACUAACCAUCCAAGAUCAGGAUAACAUUUUGCUUUCAAAUUUUUGAGGAAGAAACUAAGCCUCUUUCUUUCAGUCAGGAUCAAGUGAAAUGGAGCUAUGCUCGGCUGCUGAUGAAAAGAAGGCUGUGUGUAAUAUUGUCAGCCGACAAAAUGGUGUCCUAACAUGGAGCUGGGAGAAGUUGCUUCUUGUGGGUGCAUCAAUUCUUAUUGAUACCUUGGCCUUCAACCUUGUAUUAUUUGAACUUAGUAGUAAGGCAUGUGAAAUUUUAUCAUGUUGUUCUUUUUCAGUCUAACCAUUCUUUCCACUCUUCCAGAAUUUGCUGAUUUGUUAUGAUCUUUGCCGAGUUUAUGGUACCUUUGGACAUGGCCGGCUGAAGAGCAAGGCCACCAAGGCCUCUGCCUAUGGCCCCAUAAAAAAGGAGGGUUCCAACAGUUUAAAUAUUGUACUCUUUUAUAUUUAUAUUUAUUUUUAAAAUUUUAUUUAUUAUAUUAAAUAAGUUUUUUUUUU